AUCAAUCUCAAUCAUCAUUCUAUCUUUCUCUCUUCUCAUAUUUUUCACGUUUUUGAUGAUAAAAUUUGAUUUCAUCUUCAACCGUUGGAUCGAACUCUCUUAUCUUCAUCUCACCCAUUUGAUUCUCAUAUCAGAUAUAAUUAAUUUCCUAUAAAUAUCAAACCUAUCUCUACCUUCACAUGACACUCUUACUGUUUUGCCACUGAUUGUAUUUCAGCCUCUCUAUCUCUCCGUCUCUGCUACAUGUUAUCACCUUCAAUUCUCGCUCGAGUUUCAGCAAUGUCAAUAAUUGGGCGCAGAGGAAUUCAUUUCUUGCGUAAACUCAGUGCUGAAAAUGUUCCCAGUGAUUUGCUAGAGAAGGGUCAAAGCCGAGUUAUAGAUGCUUCUCUCACUCUCAUUCGUGAGAGCGCAAAGCUCAGGGGAGAGCUUGUGCGUGCUUUAGGAGGCGCUGUAGCAUCCACUUCUCUUUUGGGUGUUCCUCUUGGACAUAACUCGUCGUUUCUUCAAGGGCCUGCUUUUGCUCCUCCUCGGAUUAGAGAGGCAAUCUGGUGUGGUAGUACCAACUCAACAACUGAAGAAGGUAUGUAAUCAUCUAAAAACUAU